AUGCCAUACGUCAAGACACCACAGAACGAGAGUUUCCCUCCUUGGACAUGGUCUGAAGCGCCUCUUCUCACAGGCUCUUCACGCCAUGAGCCCAACCCCGAGAUCCGUAACAUCAUGAUCACUGGCGGAGCUGGAUUCAUCGCUUCGUGGGUAGUUCGCCAUCUCACAACUACAUAUGGUGGCCACUAUAACAUCGUCUCCUUCGACAAGCUUGAUUAUUGCGCGUCUCUGAACAACACAAAUCAGCUGAACCACCUCGAGAACUUCUCUUUUUACCAUGGAGAUAUCAUGAAGGUAGAUGAAGUGUUGGGCUGUCUCCGAAAGCACAAGAUCGAUACUGUCAUGCACUUUGCAGCACAAUCUCACGUCGAUCUCUCCUUCGGAAACUCUUAUGACUUCACAUACGCAAACGUCUACGGCACUCAUGUGUUGCUAGAAUGCAUGAAGACGUAUGGUAUCAAGAAGUUCAUCCAUGUAUCUACGGACGAGGUCUAUGGUGAAGUCAAAGACGGAGCCGACGACCUUCUCGAAGAUGCCAUCCUUGCCCCUACCAACCCAUAUGCCGCAUCCAAGGCCGCAGCAGAGAUGAUGGUACACGCUUACUACAAGAGCUUCAAGCUUCCCGUCAUCAUUGUCCGCAGUAACAAUGUCUAUGGUCCUCAUCAAUUCCCUGAGAAGGUCAUUCCGAAAUUCUCGUUGAUGCUUCAGCGUGGAUUGAAGCUCCCUCUCCACGGUAGCGGCGACAACACUCGGCGCUACCUGUAUGCAGGUGAUGCAGCAGACGCCUUCGAUACCAUCCUACAUAAGGGCGAGAUCGGUCACAUCUACAACGUCGACUCGCACGACGAGGUCUCUACCGUCGACCUCUGUUCCCACCUGCUCCGCUUGUUCAACCUUCCCUACGCCACGACCGAAGACCUUUACAAGCAUGUCGUUCACACUCAAGAUCGCCCCUUCAACGACCAUCGUUAUGCCGUCAAUGGAGACAAGCUGCGUCAACUGGGUUGGGAGCAGAAGACUCGCUUCAAUGAAGGUCUUCGCGCUACCGUGCAGUGGUAUCAGAGAUUUGGCUCAACCUGGUGGGGAAACAUCGAGAGCAGAUUACAACCCUUCCCUGAACCUAUUGCACCCAAAGUUCAGGUAGACAAGAAAAGAGCAGACUCACACGUGGUGGUCGCAGAAGUCGCUGCGGAUGUUGAGUUGUAA